AUGCCACCAAACGCCGUACCCGGCCCGUCCAAUGUGCUGGCCACAUGCCCCGAAGCGGAGCAACUGACGCAACUGAGCAGUGAGAAUGCGACGUCUUCCAAGCAGACCGGUGUGCUCUUUGAGGGUGAUGCGGAUACCAACGACUGCGCCUUGGAUGUGGAUGUAAAAAAGUUGAAAAAGGCCGAGAAACGCAAAUUGAAAUUGGUUUGGCGUAACAUAAUUCUCUUUGGCUAUUUACAUUUGGCCGCUGUCUACGGCGGCUUUUUGCUAUUAACUCAGGCCAAAUUGGCCACGGUUGUCUUCUCCAUUUUCCUAUAUACUGCGGGCAUGAUUGGCAUUACCGGCGGUGCUCAUCGUCUCUGGGCUCAUCGCUCCUACAAGGCAAAGUGGCCGCUACGCUUGAUUUUGGUCACCUUCAAUACGAUCGCCUUUCAGGAUGCCGCCUUUCAUUGGGCGCGCGAUCAUCGUGUGCAUCACAAGUUCUCCGAAACGGAUGCCGAUCCGCAUAAUGCGACACGUGGCUUCUUCUUCUCGCACGUCGGCUGGCUGCUGUGCAAGAAGCAUCCCGAUGUGGUCGCCAAGGGCAAGAGCCUGGAUGUGUCCGAUCUGCGCGCCGAUCGCAUACUCAUGUUCCAGCUUAAACACUAUUUUGUUCUAAUGCCGCUGGCCUGCUUCAUAUUGCCCACCAUCAUACCCAUAAUGUGCUGGAACGAGUCGUUGUUGUGCUCCUGGUUUGUGGCCACCAUGUUCCGCUGGUGCUUCCAAUUGAACAUGACCUGGCUGGUGAACAGCGCCGCCCACAAGUUCGGUGGACGCCCUUAUGACAAGAACAUCAAUCCCUCACAAAGCCCAUAUGUAUCGGCCGUUACCUUUGGCGAGGGCUGGCACAACUAUCAUCAUGUCUUCCCCUGGGACUACAAGACAGCCGAGUGGGGCAAAUAUACGCUAAACAUGACCACAGCAUUCAUCGAUUUCUUUGCCAAGAUCGGUUGGGCCUAUGAACUGAAGUCGGUGGCGCCGGAGACCAUUGAGCGGCGAGUGCGUCGCACUGGCGAUGGAACACACGAGCUGUGGGGUUGGGGCGACAAGGAUCUAACCUCAGAGGAUGCACAGCACGUGCUGUUCGUUGACAAGAAGGCAGCAUAGAACCUUGUGCCUGGGCACAAACAAACUUAAUUAUUAUAACAAUAUUCUAAUCUUAAGACAUAAUUACUUAAUACAACGGGUUAUAUUUUCGAUAGUAACAAAAACAUAUACAACAAUAUACAUAAUUAACUCUGAUAUCGCAA